GGUGGGGGCGGAGCUCCCGGGUGUCAUGGCUGCCUCCGUGCCGCGGGCUUUGCUGUGGGCCCGGUGCUGACCGCCGCGCGCUGCCCUCGCUGUGGGAUCGCUGCUCUCCCCGCUCGGCGGCGGCGGCGCGGCCAUGGGGACGGUGCACGCGCGGAGUCUGGAGCCUCUUCCAGUGAGUGGGUCUGACUUUGGUGCUUUAGGAGAUGAACCUGAACUAGUUGAAGUUGAACCUGAAGCCAAGCAGGAAGUCCUUGAAAACAAAGAUGUGGUGGUCCAACAUGUACACUUUGAUGGACUUGGAAGGACUAAAGAUGACAUUAUCAUGUACGAAAUUGGUGACCUUUUCAAGGCUAAAAACCUCAUUGAUGUAAUGAGAAAAUCACAUGAAGCUCGUGAAAAGUUGCUCCGUCUAGGAAUUUUUAGGCAGGUGGAAGUUCUGAUUGAUACAUGUCAAGGAGAUGAUGCCCUUCCAAAUGGUUUAGAUGUAACAUUUGAAGUAACAGAACUGAGAAGACUAACUGGAAGCUAUAACACUAUGGUUGGCAAUAAUGAAGGCAGUAUGGUUCUUGGGCUCAAACUCCCUAAUCUCUUUGGACGUGCUGAGAAGGUGACCUUCCAGUUUUCCUAUGGAACAAAGGAAACUUCAUAUGGCCUAUCAUUCUUCAAACCACAGCCUGGAAACUUUGAAAGAAACUUUUCAGUUAACCUGUAUAAAGUAACUGGACAGUUCCCGUGGAGCUCCCUUCGUGAGACUGACAGGGGAAUAUCAACAGAAUUAAAUUUUCCCAUAUGGAAGACCAAUCACACACUGAAAUGGGAAGGUGUUUGGAGAGAGCUUGGCUCUCUUGCAAGAACAGCCUCCUUUUCUGUUCGAGAAGAAAGUGGACACUCUCUUAAAUCUUCUCUCUCACACGCCAUGGUAAUCGAUUCUCGGAACUCUUCAAUCUUGCCUAGACGAGGUGCUUUGCUGAAAAUUAAUCAGGAGCUAGCUGGCUACUCAGGUGGAGAUGUGGCCUUUCUAAAAGAGGACUUUGAGCUUCAGCUGAAUAAGCAGCUUUUAUGGGAUUCAGUUUUUUCAGCAACUCUCUGGGGUGGAAUGUUGGUUCCUAUUGGAGAUAAGCCCUCCAGUAUUGCUGAUAGGUUUUACCUUGGUGGACCAACGAGCGUGCGUGGAUUCAGUAUGUACAGCAUUGGACCCCAGAGCGAAGGUGAUUACCUUGGAGGAGAAGCCUAUUGGGCUGGGGGCCUGCACUUGUACACACCUCUCCCUUUUCGGCCAGGUCGUGGGGGAUUUGGAGACCUCUUUAGAACACACUUCUUUCUCAAUGCUGGAAACCUCUGCAAUCUUAACUAUGGUGACGGUCCCAAAGCUCAUCUCCGGAAGCUGGCUGAGUUCAUCCGAUGGUCUUAUGGUGCUGGAAUAGUGCUCAGACUUGGAAACAUUGCUAGAUUAGAACUUAACUACUGUAUCCCUAUGGGAGUACAAAGUAGUGACAGGAUAUGUGAUGGUGUCCAGUUUGGAGCUGGAAUAAGAUUCCUGUAAUAUUACAGAAACACUUCAUGCUUCUGUCAAAAAAGAGAGCACUUGAAUAAAAUAUGGCUCAGUGAUUCCAGGUUUUUUUUCCCCCUUAAAGUAUAAAUAUGCCUUUGAGUGAUUAACCUCUCAGACUUCACAGGAAACUACAUUAAAGAAUUAUGCUGGAAAGGUGCACUGUACCUCUGCUUUUUAUCAAAGGCAGGCAUACUCUUUCAUGGGAUUUUAAAACUAUAACUUUUACUGAGGCUGUUGAUACUUUAAAUGAAAAAAAUAGGUAUAUUGGAAACCAGUGCUGGGAUAAUGCCACAGUAUUAUAAUUCUCAGUGGUCUGCUUGUUUCAUAAAACCCUAACCCUUUCAAUUGCAAGCCAAACAGAUGUUUAGGAUGGCCCUAUCUAUCCACACACACACACACACACACACACACACCAUUUAAAUGUUAAUACAGUGGGAUAUUUGUUGUCUGUACUUACAUUAUGCCAAGUUGGAUGAAUAGGGAGGAUGCUAUGAAAAAUUCCAGUACCAAGCACUGUGUAACAAGCAUAAUGGUUAUACCUGCAGGAAAGUACUCUGAUAAAAAUACUGUUUUUGAAUGUUGUAGAAUGAGCUGCAAAUUGAACCUUAAAAACUGUGCCUGCCCUUUUCAAAAAUUUGAACCCAACUGUCCUGAAUGAAUAGUAAAAUUCAAAGAAUAAUUAGUAGACAUUCUUGAUUCAGAAACAGCUGAUUCGUCAGACUCUCAGUGAAGCAGGCAGUUAAAAUACUUUGUCAUAUUGUACUGUAGACAAGUCUUGCAGUGCCAGGUUUAAAGCUGCAUUUUGUACUUUAAUACUUUCUGUAGCAGUUGACAACGAUUUUUUUUGGCAAUGUCUAUAUUUGAGAUCUGAUACCUCUAUCAUAUUACUUGGUUGUAUAUCAAAAGCCAGUUUUGACUUUUUUUAAAUAUCCAUUUCACUUUUAAAUUGCACUCUGCUAUAAUGGCUAAGCAUAUUUUUGAGUUUUAAAAGCAUUCUUAUAAGAUGCUAGUGUAAGUCACUUGCCCUGUUAAAUUGUCAUUGAAAUGUACCAGCACAGGCAUAAAAUUUGCUUGCCUUGCAUCAAAAUCUACUCUCUUGUUAGUCAUUGUAGAAAUUAAAAAUAAGUAAUAAAAUGAUUCGUCCUGGA